AUGAUACAGCUCCUGGACCAUACACCAGAGGACCUGCCAGUUAGAGACAUGGAUGACUCCAUUCUCCUGGAGGGGGCUUCAGGUAAGAGUGUGAAGGCUCAGCCACAUGUGGGCAGGAGGAUCCAGGAGGAACUGAACUGCAGACUCUGUCAUCUUCACGAAGAGCCCAUACUGAUGAAGGAAGUUUCUCAGAUGCAACGAGAUAAAAGCAAAAGGUACUGUGGCUACAUCUCACAUCUUUCUCCACCUAAACUUUCAGGGCCAAAAGACAGGCACAGCUAUACAGCCCCCUCCACAUUCAAGGGAUGUGUGACAGAUGGAAACAGCAGAACAGAAAUAACCAGUGAGCUCAGCCAACUUGCUCCCAUUAGGACUACAGAGGUGGAGGAAGCACCCAGGUCUGAGGAAACGCCCAGAGAGGAAAAGUUCAUUCAGAGGAGCUCUCUGGAGUGUGCGCGGAAGGCUGCCGAGCUUCGAGCUUCCAUUAAGGAGAACGUGGAGCUGAUUCGGCUUAAGAAACUCUUAUAUGAAAAGAAUGCCUCAUUAGCAGCUACAGAAGCCCAAUUAACACAAGUUCAAGAGGCAUAUGAAGACUUGCUCCAGAAGAAUCAGGGAAUACUGAAUGCAACCCAUGACGCCUUCCUCAGCCAAGUGAAUGAGCUCAAGGCAGAGCUAAUGGAGGAGAGCAAGAAGGUCGUGAGCUUGAGGACACAACUGGAAGAUGUGUCUGUCUUGCAGAUAACGCUGAAAGAGUUUCAGGUCAGAGUUGAAGAUUUGGAAAAUGAACGGAAAUUGCUGAGUGACAGUUAUGACAGACUUGUGGAAAACCUGCUGGAGAGCAGCCAUCCGCCUCCCUGGAGCGGGGAGCUCUUCAGACAGCAGCAGCCGCAGGAAGCCUGUCCGCCGCAAGACCAGCUGGGUCCUGGGCUGGAGGAAACAAAAGUCCUGCUCCAGGCAGCCAAUGAGAAAGCAGAUCAAGGUGAAGAUAUGAAGCUUGAAGUCCCCAACAUCUGUCACGAACAUAAAUGGGAAGAAGAGAGUCUCCAGACAACAGAUACUGCGCCCCCGUCUCCGGGAGAGCCGUCUGAACCGCAUGGUCCUCCCGCUCUGCUCCAACAGAUACCUCAGGGAGAGUCCAGUGAACCGAAAGCUCAAGAAGAAAACAACCUGUCCCAGAUGCUAAGCGAGUUGCAAGUGUCGCAUGCAGAGACCACACUGGAACUAGAAAAGACCAGGGACAUGCUCUUCCUGCAGCGCAAAAUCAACGUGUGUUAUCAGGAGGAGCUAGAGGCGAUGAUGACAAAGGCUGAUAAUGAAAAUCGGGACCACAAGGAGAAGCUGGAGAGACUGAACCACCUCCUAGACCUCAAGAACUGCCGCAUAAAGCAGCUGGAAGGUAUCUUAAGAAGCCAUGGCCUUCCAGCAUCUGAGCAGCUCAGAGACAUUGCUUAUGGCACUCGGCAACCGUCAUUGUGUCUGGAGUCAUUGCCAGCCCGCAGAGGUGAGGAUGAAGUGGACAUUGCUCUGCUGCAUCGAAACGAGAACCUUUUUGAACUGCACAUCCACCAGGCCUUCCUGACACCCGGUGCCCUCAUGCAGGCUGCAGAUACCCAGCCUACCACGUUCUGCACUUAUUCCUUCUAUGAUUUUGAAACCCAUUGCACUCCAUUCUCUGUUGGGCCACAGCCCCUCUAUGAUUUCACCUCCCAGUUUGUAGUGCAGAUUGAUUCCCUUUUCUUGCACUACCUUCAAGAGACUUCAGUCCGGCUUGAUCUCCAUCAGGCCGUGGCUAGUGAGCAUCAUAUCCUUGCAACUGGAUGGAUUUCAUUUGACAAGGUGCUAGAGACUGUGGAGAAAGUCCAUGGCUUGGCCACACUUACUGGAGCUGGUGGAGAAGACUUGGGGGAGUUAGAGUACUGGAUGAGGCUGCGCUUGCCGCUAAAAUCCAGCCUCCAGGCCUGCAAUAAGCAAAAGAAAGCCCAGGCCUACCUGUCAGUCAAUACACUUGGAGCUUGGAAGGCCCGGAAGAAUGAGUCCAGAUCCGAGACUCGGACACUUCGGAACGAACUGCGGAUUGAAAUCACCAGGUGCUGCGGUCUGCGGAGCCGAUGGCUGGGAAUUCAGCCCAGCCCGUAUGUCAUGUAUCGCUUCUUCACCUUUCCUGACCAUGACACCGCCGUCAUCCCAGCCAGCGACAGUCCACACUUUAUAGACCAGGCUCUGUUCCCAGUGCAUGUGACCUCUGACCUGGACCAGUAUCUGAGACGGUAGGCCCUGUCUAUAUACGUUUUCGAUGACGAAGACUCAGAGCCCGGCUCCUAUCUUGGCAGGGCUCACGUGCCCUUGCUGUCUCUUGCACAAAACAAACCCAUCAGAGGUGAGUUCAAUCUCACGGAUCCUUCAGAGAAGUCCAGCGGAUCCAUCCAAGUGCAGCUAGACUGGAUGUCUCAGUACCUGCCCCCAGAGGUCCAGAAACCAGAAGCUGAGAUGGAGAAUAAGGACAACAAAGAUGACUUGAAGGCCUCCAUCACAGAAGACCUGGUCCCUUCUCUUCCCCAGAACCAGACGACAUUUAUAGAGACUCCUAUCGAGGCUGGCCAACAUCAAGCAAAGAGAAAAUCUCCCACAGCAGAAAGGAAGGCUAAAGAACACCAGAUUGCAUGCUACUCAAGAAGAAAGCACAGCAAAAGAACGGGCGUCCAAGGCAAGAACCGAAUGGAAUAUCUGAGCCGUAACGUCCUGGACGGGAAUACACUGCAGCUACACUUCACCGAACAGAAGUUCUCAGGGCUCAAGAAGUCUGAGGAUGAUGGCUUUAAAAUUCAGGACAAGGAAGAGAAAAUGCCGCCGUCUCAUUCAGCUCCAAGACAGGAGACUCCCUCACCUCCUGUAAAUGCCUCUCCUCUAGCAGAUCAAGAAUCCUCGGGACAAGCUUCUGAAGUGAGUGAAGCCCAGACUCUCGACAGUGAUGACAUCAUAGUGACCCCCCAGUCUCAGUCGUGUCCCAAAGCCGAUUCAGAGAAGAUGUGCAUUGAGAUUGUCUCCCUGGCCUUCUGCCCAGAGGCUGAAGUCAUGACUGAUGAGAACAUACAGCAGGUGUACGUGGAGUACAAGUUCUAUGAUCUGCCGCUCUCAGAGACAGAGACUCCGGUGUCCCUGAGGAAACCUAGGGCAGGAGAGGAAGUCCACUUCCACUUUAACAAGGUGAUCGACCUGGAUCCAGUGGAGCAACAGGGCAGAAGGCAGUUUCUGUUUGCCAUGCUGCAUGCUCAAGAUCCGGAAGAGGGACGUUUAAAGUUUACAGUGGUAAGUGAUCCUCUGGAUGAAGAAAAGAAUGAAUGUCAAGAUGUAGGCUAUGCGUACCUUGAACUGUGGCAGGUAUUUCAAUCUGGAAGCGAUAUCCUAGAGCAAGAACUAAAGAUUGUGAGCCCUGGAGACCAGGCCAUGCAGAUCGGAAGGCUGAAGGUUUCCCUUCGUGCAGCUGCUGCCCUCCAUAGCAUUUACAAGGAAAUGACUGAAGAUUUGUUUUCAUGAAAGAACUACUCCACUCUAAGAGUUGAGGGAUCUCCUAUAAAGUCACAUGCUAUGCCACAAAUCUGGUCUCCUGUGCUAUCUGCUGUCUGUUUCUCAAAC